CGAAAACCACAAGAUGGGCAACGCCAACAGCAGCGCCGACCUCACGGACGGGACGGGCCGCGUGACGGAAGCCGAGAAGCGCGCGCUGACGCGCUUCACGGAGCCCGAGAUCCAUGUGAUGCGCGAAAUGUACCGGGGCAUCACGCACGCGUCGAGCGAGACGGGCGUCAACAAGGCGAGCUUUCUCAAGAUCUUCCCGCUGCCAGGCCUCCUCGGCGAGCGGCUGUUUGCAGUCUUUGACAAGAAUGCGUCGGGUGCCAUCUCGUUCUACGAGCUCGUCGCUGGUCUCGCCGUGCUCUGCCGCGGUUCGCGUGAAGAGAAGCUCAAGUUCAUCUUUGAUCUCUACGAUGUGACCGAGCGCGGCGCGAUCUCCAAGCGCGACAUGAUCACCAUGAUCCACCAGUUUCCUCAGUCGGCCAUGUGCUUCCUCCGCGGCUUCUCGAUGGAUCCGAACGUGCCCGCGAGCGAAGUGGCCACGGACACGGCGUUUGAGCUCGGGGCGCACGAGACGGACUCGGUCGAGAAGCUCGUCGACGAGGCAUUCUCCGCGCACGCAAAAGGCGACUCGAUGGCGUUCCCCGAGUUCCUCAAGUGGUGCAACGACUCGCCACUCGUCUCUGAGUUUCUCAUGAGCAUUCUUCCGGUCGAGACGAGCGAGAAGAGCACUGGCAGCAAGCACGCCGAGAUCUCGCCACUGCCACCGGUCAAGGAGGUCCCGCCCAUGACGCGUCGCAACUCAUCAUCGUCCGUCAUCGUCCGCACCGAGAAGCUCUACUCGUUCAAACGCACUGCACAACGGGACACGAAAGCGCUGCUUCUCGAGGCCAAGAAGUCAACGUCGACGCCGUCUGUCGUGGCGGCCAUCGAGGCUGCGAUCGCCGAAGUCGACAAGGUCGCGAUCAAGAGUCUCGGGAAGCUCCGUAUCAAGCGGCCGUCCGUACUCGAGGUCGUGCACCAAGGAUGUCUCUGGAAGAAGGGCACGCGCUUGAAGCAAAUGAAGAAACGCUACUACCUCCUCAAGGGCAACUUUCUCUACUAUUUUUUGGCCCAAGACGACACGCGCCCCAAAGGCGUCAUCUUCAUCUCCGGUCGGUACGUCGAGGCCAAAGCCAACAGCGCGAUGGAGAAGCAGGGCUUUUUCGAGAUUGAAAUGAGCACGGAGACUGGCGAUGAGACCGAGAAGCGGUACCUCUAUGCCCGCUCCAAGGACGAGUGCCACGCGUGGGUGGCCAGCCUCAAGCAAGCCACGUGCAAGCUUUCGAUCGACGAGUACUAUGCGCUCGGGCGCGAACUCGGCCACGGCCGCUUCUCCCGGGUCCUCGAAGCCACACAUCGCACCAAGAACGUCAAGUGCGCUGUCAAGAUCAUGGACAAGACGCAACUGGGCGCGCAGGAGAAGGAGCUUUUGCGCACCGAGAUUGCGAUUCUGCGGCUCGUCAAGCACAAGCACAUCAUCCGCCUCUAUGACGUCUUUGAGAGCAAGCAAAACAUCUACAUCGUCACCGAGCUCCUCACGGGCGGCGAGCUUUUCACCAAGAUUGUCGGGCGCGUCCGGCACUCGGAGGCGGAGACCAAAGCGGUCAUGCGGCCGCUCUUUGAGAGCGUUGCGUAUUUGCACAAGAUGGGCAUCGCGCACCGCGACAUCAAACCCGAAAACAUCCUCUGCGGCGACAACCUCACGGACUUGCGCAUUGCGGACUUCGGGCUCUCGAAGCUCGCGCACCCGCACGAGAUCAUGACCAUGCCGUGUGGGACACUGAGCUACUGCGCGCCCGAAGUGCUUGCGCAGAGCGGGUACGGGAAGGAGGCCGACAUUUGGUCGCUCGGCGUCAUCAUGUACCUCCUUCUCCGCGGCGAGCUCCCGUACUUUGGCAAGACCAAACAAGACAUUAUCCAGAAGACCCUCCACGCCGAGAUCGACUGGGACGGCGACGCCUUCUGGGGCUCCAUCUCGACGCUCGCCAAGGACUUGCUGACGAGUGCGCUCACCAAGGUGCCGGCCAAGCGCAUCUCGGCGGCCGCUGCGACACAGCACCCGUGGUUCCAAGCCCAAGGCUAGUCUCUCCAUGCUGCAAUACACAAUCUUCUUCACACA